AGAGUUGAAGAGCCUAAAUCCUAAGAAAAAUGGCCACUCUUGUCCCAAUUUCCAUUUUUCAGAUAUUACUGUUUCUCUUACAGUUGUAUUCUGGUAAGAGCGAACUGCAGUUGAAUUAUUACUCAGAGAGUUGCCCAAGAGCUGAAGAAAUCAUCGAAGAACAAGUCAUCGGCUUGUACAAUAAGCACGGAAAUACAGCCGUUUCAUGGAUCAGAAAUCUCUUUCAUGAUUGUAUUGUUAAGUCAUGCGAUGCAUCAUUAUUGUUGGACACUGCAAACGGCAUCAAAUCAGAGAAGACAUCAUCAAGAAGUUUUGGAAUGAGGAAUUUUAAGUACAUAAACACGAUCAAAUUGGCCCUUGAGAAGGAAUGUCCCAUAAAAGUUUCUUGUGCUGAUAUUGUGGCUCUUUCAGCAAGAGACGGUUUUGUCUUGGUAUAAAUUU